AUGUCGGGGACGCCUGCAAAGGUGCAACACAAGGUCAGCUUUCACGACGAUCUGGAUGACCUGGAGGAGAGCCAAUCAAAGCCUAAGCUCCAACAGAAGGUAAGCUUUCACGCAGGGCUGGAGGAGGACAGCAACGACCGUGAGGACCUCAGCUCGCCUGCAUCCAGUCCCAGUGCCACCAGUCCAUGCCAUGAGGAAGAGGACAACGUUUCGGACGAGUCCGCUGAGGAGGCGCCAAUCAAAAAGAAGAGAUCCCUUCGCAGCACCAACACUGCCGGCUCCAUUGCGUCUGGGCCCGGGCCGCCACGCCUCUACAAGCCACCGACAUGGAUGAGGAGGCUGCUGACGAGCAAGCUCUUUUUGUCCACCAAUGCCUUGAUCAUUUUGCUCAACAUGGUUUGGACAGGCUUUCUGGCCAACAGCUACGUCGAUAUCGAAGUGAACGAACACGCCGAUGGCACCGCCUUCUUUGUGAUCGAGAGCCUUUUCACAGGUGUCUUCCUUGCUGAGCUCAUCAUCCGCAUGAUCUACUUUGCAAGCAUUCGAUUUUGGCACGAUCUUUGGCUUUGCUUCGACCUCGUUGUGAUUGGGUGUCCGGCUGUGGAGAUCUGGAUUCUACGACCACUCGGCUGGAAUGAAGGCACAUUUACCAUCACCGUGAUGAACAUCUUCCGUGUCUUCCGGGUCGGUCGAGGUGUUGCAGCCUUGGCCAACAUCAAAUGGUUUAGGCCCAUGUACUUGGCAGCAGUGGGCUUUAAGCACUCCAUGAACUCACUGAUGGUGGUGUUCAUCUACUUGGCAUCUUUGACCUUCACGGUAGCUGUGGUUCUUUGUCAUUUGCUGGGUCCAAGCAAUCCCAAGUUCUCAGAUUUGCCGGAGCUGGUUCGUGGCCGCUUUCGCUCGGUGGAACGGAGCGUGCUGUCGGUGAUCGAAUGCUUACUGGGCGGCAUCGAGUGGGGCCCAGACUUGGUGGAUCUCUUGCUCUUCAACCAGGAGUGGUCCAUGUGGGGAGAGGACACGGUCUUUGCAGGACGGGCACUUGCAGCGAGAGGAAUGGUCCUUUUGACCUUCCUGGUUCUGGGGUCUUUGCUUUGGCUCAACACCGUCUCUGGGAUCUUCAUGCAGCAGGUCGAUCGCUCCUUCGAGCUCACCAACAUGACUCAAUUUGGUGACAAGGAGUAUCAGGCUGCAACACGAGAACUGCUACGCGAGUUCAUGGAAGACCUCUAUGAAAUGGACCAUGAUGGCACCCAAAGUUUAUCUUGGCGGGAAAUCUCCUUGGUGGUCACGCAUCACAUGGAAGUGCUUUCGGAUCUUGGAAUCCGCACCUUGAACUGGACAGCGGUGCGCAAGUGGAGGAAUGGUCGAAACGUUUUCGUGAAGACGCGGAGGGAAACAAUUUUUGUUUUUAUAUUUAAUAUAGUAUAUGAUUGA